UCCAAACACCCAGGACAAUGAGUCUCCUCAAGGAACGGAAACCAAAAAAGCCACACUAUAUUCCACGGCCCCCAGGAAAGCCAUUUAAGUACAAAUGCUUCCAGUGUCCUUUUACGUGCAACGAGAAGUCACAUCUUUUCAAUCACAUGAAGUACGGCCUCUGUAAAAACUCUAUCACUUUAGUGUCGGAACAAGAUCGCAUUCCUAAGUGUCCCAAAUCCAGCUCGCUGGACCCUAAGCUGACCCACCAGACAGAGCCCCCCUCAAAGCCAGCUACUUCCAAGUCUCUUGCAAAUGGACUCUCCAGCUUUGAUCCAAAGGCUCAGCAGGGCUCAGCAAAGGAAGAUGCCAAAGAGAACCUCGAAAUACCGGGUCGGGGAACCCACAAGAGCCCCCAGAAACCAGCCCUACAGAAAGAAAUGACGCCAGAAGCCAUUGUCAGCCCCCAGCCUUGCCUCGACAGUGGGGUUAGGCCUUCAGCAUUUGUUCCCGUUGGGGAGCACAGACUUAGAGGCCCAGAAGACACAGAGGCUCCUGAAAUGCUGGCAUUAAGCAACUCUACCACCAAAGCCACCCCUUUCCAUGCCAAGUCUGCAUUCCAUACUCCUGGUUACCCCUGGAAAGCUGGCUCCCCAUUCCUCCCACCUGAAUUUCCACAUAAAAUCCCAUCUACAAAGGGGUUUGGUGCCAUCUCCCCCUACAUGCACCCUGCAAUCCCAGACUACCCACAUCCCUUCUACACAGAGCCCGGGCUGGCUGCCAUCUACUCGCCCUACCUCCUGACGGGGAACACUCCUGAGUGUGAGGCCACGUUGUUCUCUGUCCAUGGGGCCCAAGACCAAAGACACUUCCUGUCUCACCCUGGGCCAAUCCCCAAGCACUUGAACACAUCUCCGUCAACAUACGACCACUACAGAUUCUUCCAGCAGUACCAGGCUAACCUGCCAAUCCCUUACGGAUUUUACAGGCCGGAGUCCGCCUUUCCGUCCUACAGCCUCAGGCUCCCACCCGUCCCGGGCAUCACACAGAGCUCCCGCCUGCUUGAAGAAGCAGCCCUGGCUUACCCAGCCUCAAGUCCCUCAGAGUUAAACCUUUCAAAUUCCCACAGAAAACACACAGAAUUUGAGAAGGAAAGUCCAGUUCCUAAGGCAAAAGAUCCUUCUAAAGAUGGGCAAAGGGAUGCAGAAGAGGCCAAAAUGAGCCCCCGAGCAGGGACUGCUGCCACAGGCUCCCCAGGAAGGCCAAGCCCGACGAACUUCACACAAACAAGCCAAACAUUCGAAGGCCUGUGUGACCUCUCAAACAAAGCAACCUCCUCAGGAACCCUGGAGCGACUCCAGCAGCCUGAGCAGAGCCCCACCGGCUGCAAACCUGUCCAGAGGAAUUCAGAAAGUCCUCGCUCUCAGCUUCCUGCCAACAGAACAGAGUCCCCAAAAAGCCUUCAGGCCAUGAACAGUGACCCUCCAGCCCACAUAGGGAGCAGUACCUCUCUUAUCACAGAAGCCCCGCCCUCCAGCCCAGAGGACCACUCCAGAAUAGCCCCCCUCAAUCUCUCCAAGAAGCUGGAGACAAGCCCUGCAACCACUUAUGGACCCAUGUAUGCAGGCAAUGCACAGGCAGACGCCCAGAGCAUCUCAGGGCUGCAAGACCUGCCACUCAACCUCUCUGUAAAGGACCCCUGUAAUGCCUGGGCUCCAAGGCCUGUCCUCCCCGGACCAGCACAAGGUGCAGAACCUGCUGCUGUUCUAAAGGCUGAGACAGAAGGUUCUGAAGACAGGACAAGCCGUGUGGAGACACAGCAAGACAAGGUCCACAGCAGGACGACCCCAGAUGUCCACACAGUAGACAGCAGUGAUGAACAGAAGCAGACAGCAGCUGUAGCUCUCUGUCAGCUGGCAGCCUACAGCCCAGGGAAUGUCCGAGUGGGCGAUGAGGAGAACACAGCCCAGGAAUCCACCUGUCAAGACAGAACCACCCUCAGUUCUACAGAGAACCAGGGAGCUCAGUGUGACCUCAGACCCAAAGCACAAAAGAGGACAAGUCAAAGGGAUGCAGGAAGAUCCCAGCAAGGAACUAAAAAGCCAAAGCUGAAUGAGACCGCACCAAGAGUGCUCACUCUCCGCAAAAGAACCCGGGUGUCCUGAGGCCUCACGGACCUCAGCACUGUGGCUACACAGAUGCCUUCACAUUGUGCUCCAAGCAGCAGCCUCACUUUUUUGCUUUUUUGGAGGAGGUGCAGUCUUGCCACGUUGCUCAAGCUGGCAUCAAACUUGUGAUCUUCCUGCCUCGGCCUCCUACAUGCUGGGCCAACCAGUACA